GGAGAGGGUGUUCAUGGGAUAUGACAAGCAUGGGGGCGGAGACCGGGGAGGAUCCGGGAAGUUCCUGAGGUGGUUCUUGUUGGUAACGAGAAAGGAUUAAGGAUCGGUGUAGGUGUAGCUAUGAGCCGGCAUUGAGUCGAGAUCCAGGGAGACAGGAGGAAGAUGCUGCUCUUCUUCCGUAAAAGGAAACCCAGCGAUGAAGCCCGCAAGCGUCUUGAAUAUCAAAUGUACCUGGCAAAAGAAGCCGGCGCCGAUGAUAUCCUUGAUAUAUCCAAAUGCGAACUUUCAGAGCUUCCAUAUGGAGUCUUUUCAACCUGUAAAGUCCUGCAGAAAAAGGUGCUGAUUGUUCAUACAAAUUGCUUGAUGUCUCUGGUCCCGAAGUCUUGCCGUCUCCUGGAUCUCAUAACUGUGAAGGUUUUAGAUCUCCAUGACAACCAGCUGACCUCACUUCCUGCUGAUAUCGGUCAACUGACAACUCUCCAGGUGCUGAAUGUCGAACGGAACCUGUUGAAGGCACUUCCACAUUCGAUAGGGGAUCUUGUCCAGCUGCAGACUCUCAAUGUGAAAGGCAAUAAGCUGAAGGAGCUGCCUGCUAGUCUGAGCAACCUACGUAGCCUGCGGACCUUAGAUAUUAGUGAGAACCAGGUGCGGGUGUUGCCCCAGGCACUGGCUCACAUCCGGACCCUUGAGACGAUGACUUUGGACGCCUCGUCCAUGACCUAUCCCCCGGACACCAUCUGCAGCGCUGGCACAGAAGCCAUCCAGCAGUUUUUGUGUGAAGAAUCCGGAAUUGAAUAUAACCCCCCAUCCCAGUAUUUACUUCCGGUGCUGGAAAGCGAUGGAGGAGAGACCUCGGUGGAUGGGAUCAGCAGGACAGUUUGUAAAUAUGCGAACAAUGAAGCCGAAUGGCAGAACAAAUUUCUGGAGUAUGAGAAGCGGAAGGAGCAGAAAAUGCAGGAGAAACUGGAGUUUGAACGCUGGUUAGAUGUGGAGCAGAGGGAACAGGCGCAGUUGAUGCAGCAGAACCAAACCCAAAAGGGAGAAAUCCUCCAGAGUAUGAAGGCGGAGCAAAUGAAGCUGGAGCAGGGGCUGUCACGACACCAGCAGCACCUGGAAGUGGAGCGCAUGAAGCUGCUGGAGCAAUUGAAAACGAUGGAGCUGGGGGUCACCAGCCGAAUCCAGAAGCUGCUGGAAGAGAAUCAGAGGCAAAAACAGAACUCUGAGAUUCUGAAAUCUCUGGAGAAUGAUCGGAUCAGGAUGGAGCAGCUGAUGGCCAUUACUCAGGAGGAGGCGGAGCAGCUGCGCAGGAGGGAAGUGGCCUCGGCCAUGCAGCAGAUGCUGGCGGAAACGUACAAGAGCAAGCUCGUCCAGAUGGCCUUUGAAUCACGGCGACAGGACCUCGUCAACCAGACUUGUACCAGCGAAAUGCAGAAGGCUGCCUUUGAAGCUCUCCAGGUGAAGCGAGAUCUUAUGCACUGCCAGAUCAGGAAUCAGAUUAAGUUAAUAGAGAGAGAGUUAUUGCAGCUGACACAGCUGGAGGUAAAGAGGCAACAGCUGGACACAGAGGCACUGCAGGAGGCGAUAGCGGAGCAGCGGCGAGCCCUGACCAACCUGUUGCAGCAGCUGCUGAAAGAGAAGAAGCAGAGGGAAGAGGAGCUCCAGGAGAUCCUGCGGGAGCUGGAGGCCAAGAGUGAAACCAAGCAGGAGAACUACUGGCUGAUCCAGUACCAGCGCCUUCUGAACCAGAAGCCCCUCUCUCUCCGGCUGCAGGAGGAGGGCUUGGAGAAGCAGCUAGUGAAGCUGCUGACUGACCUGUCGGCUGAGCAGUACUUGCCCAUCUUCGCUCAUCACCGGAUAUCGCUGGGAACGCUCUGCUCCAUGGCCCCCAGUGACCUGGCCAAGAUUGGAAUAACGGAAACUGGGCUGCAACUCUCCAUCAUCCGAAGGGCCCAGGAAAUACAUGCCGUGGCUAAAACCAUACCAGAGCUCUUGAAGUCCGACGAGGAGGCAAUCCCUUCUGUGGUCUGUAUGGAGCAAGAGGCCCAAAUGGUCUUCCUGAACUGCGGCCACGUCUGCUGUUGUCAGACCUGCUCUGAAGCCUUACAGAUCUGCCCGCUCUGCCGCAAGGAGAUCGUGCAGCGCAUACGCCUCUUCCACAGUGGCUAGAUGCCAAGAUAGAGCUCUGGAGAACACAGCAGCCUUUCCCAUCACAGAUCCCGCACCUUCCUCUACCCUUGCAUGGGUUUGGGGACAAGGGGUGCCACUGGGAAAGCUUGGAUUUGCACUACCUCCUUGCGCCUCAUAUGCCUGUGUGUCCUCAUCCACUUCUCAUAAAGCAUGGCUGCUGUUCCCCUUCCUCUGCCAUUGCUAGUCAGUCACCUCUACAGGGGCCCUGAGGCCAAGAUGGAGACAUUUGGGGCAGAGAGCACAGCUUGGGCAGGAAGACCCUCCCAUGGCCCAGGAUGGGGGAAAUGGUUUCCCAUUCCUCAAAGGCAGCCUCAGAUUCUGUGGAGCUGGCAAGAUUUUUUUAAGUGUACAGCCUUGUAGAGUGAAAAUAAUAUUAUUUAGAAUUGUCAGGGACCAGCCUUGCCUGCCUGUGGCAAUGGGUAUAGAGGUCUCAGUGGGAGGGAGAUGAUUUCUUCCUUCCCACCACAAGGAAACUUAGGGAAUUAAAUAUCUUUGACUGCAAUGUAGCAGUGGGUGGCAGGUCAAAGGUGCCGUGCGGGUGUCCCUUGUUUGCACUAAGGAGGGGCUGGAGGGAGCCCAGGCUGAUGACUGCUCUUCUACGGCCACCCUGGCUCCCUUUUCCAGCCAGCCUGAAGACUACCCGACAGCUGACAGGUUCCACAGCCCACUUUUACAGUCCUGAUAUCAAUCAUGUUCAAUCUCCUUUGUUUCUGCUGUUUUCUCCAACGUGGUGUUAGGGAGGAGGGGCAACUGGAAUGUUGAUGCUGUGCCCCCCUCCCAACUCCCAAAAGGAGCAGCUCUUCUCCCUGCUUGUCUGUUCAUCGGUGACAAAUUGAAGGCGGAGUCGUAAGCAGAUGGCCUGGUUGGGUGGAGGAUGUAGUUUUGCUGCCCCAUGGUUAACAGUGCCUCUCAGUUGAUUAGUGAAUAAUUGAGCUUGCAGUGCCAAGUUGACACCUCCCCCAGGAGUAGCCAGUCACCACUGGUCAGGGUUGGCUGCUUUCCUUCCAGGAGAAAACCAAUGGAGCCAAUCGGGGCCUGCUUUACCUUCUCUUCCCUGUGCCCCCACCACCCUUGCCCUGAACAGCACUGAGAGCCUUUUGCAUGGGGGUCUUCCUCCCCUACAUUCUCCUGAAUUAAGCUAGCCAAGGGGAGUGGGAAUGGUUGCAGAAGCAAAGCCACAGACAGGCCUAGGAUGACAUAGCUCCCCGGUUCCCUCAUUCCGCACCGUCUCCUGUGUGCCCUAGUCAAAGAAUUCUGGGCCGCAGCAAGGCCAGGCUUCAGUGCUUGGAAAUGGGAUGGCAUCAUAGUCUGACAAGCAUGCCUGUCCUCGCUCUCUGGGUGGCAUAGCAGGAGAGCAGCUUGCCCAGUAGGGACUUGUGGGAAUGGCUGUGCAGUGACCAGUCUUCUGUGGGCAAUGCCUAACAACCCCUGCCCUGCCAGUAGUUUAAGGGGCAGGCGGCCCAGUUCAGGUCAGCAAAACAUUGGAAUGGCCCAGGUUAGUUAAAGGUAUGAACGCUGCAGGUGCAGGUCAAAUUUCACCUCCCCGCACACACUUUGCUGUGUGUAUUUUGCUCCCUCUUGGGUGGAGUUAAUGCCUUAUUCCUGGGACUUUUGAGCCACUCAUGCCUCCCUCCGGCCAAAACAAAACUCAGUAAAUUGCUUCUUGCCUUGACAGCCAAUCUGGCUGGAUCUGUUUCCAGGUUGGGUUCUAAUCCCCCUGCCUCUGUGAUUGGAAUGCCAUUGCUGAACCUUAGCUAGCACUUUCCCAGCACUCCGAGCAUGUGCUGUCUUCAAAGCGGGUUUUGUGGUCACAUCUGUAUUACAGACAUCAACUAGUUAGCUUUCUGCCAACAAGUUUUAGGAGUGUUUAAGGAUUCUCUGAGUGAUCUUGCAGUACUACAGUUCCCAAGAUUUCAUGGGUGAAGGACAUUUAAACCAUAUUACAGAUCUAGACACUUUCGCUGCAUUCUCAGCUAAAGGGUAAUGCUCAUAGAUGUUGCUUGGGUUGGCCCGGAGGGCAUAGGAAUUAAGGACAAAUGGACAAAGUUACAAGGCCCCUGGAAGGUCAUCAACCAUAUUCAGGCAGUUGCCGGGGGUGUAUCUGCCACACUGUGUCAUGCAUGAAUCUGUUUUCCAGUGUCGGUCCCUCCAGUGUAAUUGUCUUAUGUAUCCAGAAGAGAAAUAAAGGAUUUGAAA